CGUAUUUAACCACGGACAUCAACUGCGGACCUUAAAUCUGCGGGUUGUCUGCGCUGUAGUCGUCCUCAGCUCCGGAGAGUAAAGCUCAGACAUGAAGGUGUUCGUGGCGACGCUCCUGCUGGCAACUGUCGCCGCUCAUGUCGCCUCUGCGCUGCCAGCGAGACAGGGAGACGCUCGAAGCCCGGUCCUAGAGGCGCAGGAGCUGGAACGCGCUCGCCGCUCGCCCGCCGACGGGGACUCAAAGCAAGGCCGCGGAGGCGUCAGGGUGGACGUGCGCGAGGAGGACCGUGUGGGCGUGGUGGCCGAGGUCAGGGGUCACGGCACCGUGUGGCGGAGCGACGACGGUCGCAGCCGUGUCGACGCCCGCGGCGAGUGGUCCAAGGUGCUGGAUGGGCCGCAGUGGGGCAAGCCCCGCCACGGUGCCGGCAUCUCCUUCAGCCACGACUUCGGCGACGACUGACCGCAUGACGUCACAUCCCCACGAGUCCACCUACCACCCAAAACUGUGAAUAUUCCCCCUGAAUAAAGUUCCAUAACAUUAAAAUGCAAA